AGAGCGAUAUAGGCGUAUACACACGUUGAACAUUCAUUGAAUCAUUUUUUUAAAAACUUGUAUUGUGCAGUUGCCGCUGCCACAUCAGUGCGUAUUUAUCGGUGGAGGUGGCGAAGGAGGCGCGCGCACGUCCUUGGCACGGUAAAAAUACAGCCGGAGCGGGCCGCAGACGACGAAUAGGUAGGUAAAACGUUAAGCACAUGACAUCAUCAGCACUAGGCCAGCAGUCGCAGCAUACGGUCCGUAACAUAUUUUAGAAUAUUACUCGUUUCGACAGUGCCGGAUACGCGACAAACAUAAAUAAUAAUAACAAUACAAAAAAUCCGUUUCUAAUUUUGUAAUACUAUCACUUUAAUCCGCGAUUCUCGCCUAUUGUUGUUUAUUCGAUCGUACUGCGCACACGGGUCACUGCCCACUGGCCGAGACAAGCACACAGCUUUAACACCACCGCGCCAAUACCGUUCAAGUCUCCGAGCGUCUCACUCAACAUGGCUAAAUACGCCACCGUCAAAUGUACUCCCACUGUGUUCCCAGCUCCGACCUUCGAUGCCAAAGAAGACGCUACGACUUUGAAAAAGGCCCUGAAAGGUUUUAGUUGCGACCAAAAAGCAAUAAUUGACGUGUUGGCCAAUAGAGGCAUCGUGCAACGCAUCGAAAUCGCCGAGGCCUUCAAGACACUUUUCGGCAAAGAUUUGAAAAAGGAGUUAAAAGGAGGACUCGGCGGAAAUCUCCAAGAAACCGCGCUAGCCAUGAUAACACCGUUACCGGAUUUCUACGCAAAAGAAUUGCACGAAGCCAUAUCCGGAAUAGGCACCCAAGAGGAAGUGAUCAUUGAGAUCUUAUGCACUCUAAGCAACUAUGGUGUGAGGACCGUGGCCGAGUGCUACGAAAAAAUCUACGGAAACUCUCUCGAAAAAGACAUAAAAGGCGACACUUCUGGUCAUUUCAAACGCCUGUGCGUCUCUCUGUGCUUGGGUAACCGCGAAGAAGAUCCAGUAGUGGACGACGCUGCCGCCAAGGCAGACGCCGAGGCACUGUACAAUGCUGGCGAGAAACUCAAAUGGGGCACAGACGAGUCAGUUUUCCACAGGAUUUUGGUGACCAAAAGUUAUCAGCACCUGAGACGAGUGAUCUUGGAGUAUGAAAAGUUGACCAACAAAGACCUCGAGGAUUCGAUCAAGAGUGAAUUUUCCGGUGACAUCUGCAUGGGUCUUCUGUCCUUAGUUAAAUGUAUCCGGAGCAAAGUAGAUUAUUUUUCGGAACGUCUGCACAAAAGCAUGGCCGGUCUGGGAACGGACGAUAAGACUUUGAUAAGGAUUUUAGUUUCACGGUCAGAAAUCGAUCUUGGAGAUAUUAAACUGGCGUUUGAGAGGAUGUACGGUAAAUCUUUGGAAUCCUGGGUUUCUGGGGACACUUCUGGAGAUUACAAAAAGUUACUGUUGAAAAUCGUCGGACAGUAAAUUUCCAUUCUUGAACAUUUCUUUUCUAUAAUUUAUUAUAUUAUUAUUAUUUUAAAAUACUAUUAUUUACUGCUAAUGCCAAUUUUUCGUCCAAUCAAACUAUUACAUUUAAUCAAUGUUCGUUAUGUUUGAAAUCCAAAAUAAAAAUUGAUUUAUUAAUUAAUUUUCAUAAUAUUGUAUAUGCUUUCGUGUAAUUUUAUUUAUAAUAUACUAAAUCCACUUCUAAGCAAGUAACUUCCAAUUAUGAAUAACUCGAUGAAAAUGGCCGAUUGUCCACUACAGACCACAUGUAUUAUUGUCUACAUAUGUCUUGAUAUUACACAGAACACUAACUUGAAGCUUAUAAGUAUUUAUUUGUUUUGUAUUAAUAAUCUUGUAUUUUUAUAUUUUAUUUUUUGAUAUUAUAUUUAUAUAACCUUAUGCCUCUUAAAUUAUACAUGUGUAGCUUUUUAAAUUGUAACUAAAAUGUAAUACGAUUUUUAAAAUGUACUAUAAUUAAAUAAUAUAUUUUAUUAUGAA